CCCGGCCUCUAAUCUGACGUCUCCUCUCCCUCCUGAGUCAGUCCACAUCCUUGUCAACCCGUCUGGUGAAGUGGUUGAUUGCGCAAUAGAUGCCGUCAACAUCUUGCUUCUUGGUGUUGACUUGGGUGUAUGUUGUCCCCCUCCUCUAUUCUCCUUCUCUUGUUCCCCUCGCCUUCAUUGUUGCCAUUCUUCCUCUUCUGCCUGAUCUGUUGAACAGGCCGCCCAAAUGCUCGAACAGUGACUCUGAGGUCAUCGGGGGUGAUGUCCUUCUUGCAAUUGCUCUUGACACUGUCGAUGUUCUUCCUGGUAUCCUUGUCGACACGCUUGAGGUUGUUCUUCAAUUGCCUCUCGACAUGCUGGAGGUUGUUCUUGGCAUUCCUCUCGAUGCCCUUGCAAUUACUUACCUGGGAGAACUUGACGAAACUGUCGACGGCUGUCUGGGUGUUCUUGUUGCCCUUCUUGAGCUCCUUCACGUCCUUCCUGAGGCUCUCGUCGACCUUCCUGAGGCUCUCGUCAACCUUCCUGAGGUUGUCUUCGAGAUGGUAGGUCCAAUUUGUGAGAUGACUCAGAUCCCCGUACACGCCUCUGAUGUCCCUUCUCAGCUCCCUGAGGUCGUCGACAAUCUUCUGGAUUAUCAGCUCAUUGCAUGCGGCAAGAGAACGCUCAGCGCACAAAGUCAGGAAUGA